AUUGUGCAAUUUCGUAACACGCGUGUUUCGUCAGAAAAUGUGCAUUAAUUUGAGAAAAUGGCCUGAAAGUUGUUGAAAAUCGUUUGGAAAACUAUCUUAAAUCGUGGUCAGUCAUGAAUUUUGGUCGAUCAGAUGGCCGCUACACCGAGGAAUACUCGUCGAAUGACCCGACAAUGGGAGUUUCUGUUAACGCAAACACGUCAUCAUUAUCGCCAUAUUUAAGUAUCAAUCCUUCAUAUUUACAACAGGGUAGUGGCGCGGAAUUUGUAUUCCCUGCGGAUCAAAAAAAGACGCGGACAUGGGGUGAAAGAAUGUUCUCAGGAAUUGGUUCGUCCUAUCUCACAGGUUUAGUCAUUGGCGGCAGUUGGGGUUGUUAUGAAGGUCUCAAGAAUCCUGAUGGAAAAACGAUGAAACUUAGAGUAAACAGUGUGUUAAAUGGUUGCACACGAAGAGGGCCAUUUGUUGCCAAUAGUCUAGGAGUUUUAGCUUUAAUGUACUCCACAUUGGAUUACGGCAUUGGCAAAGUACGAGAAAAAGAGGACGAAUACAACUCGAUUGCUGCCGCCGUCUCAACGGGGGUGAUAUUUAAAUCAACAGCUGGUGUUAGAGCUAUUGGGAUAGCUGCAGCCGUCGGAGGCAGUUUGGCCGUAAUUUAUAACUUUGGUGAAAAACUUUGGGUCAGGAAAGGAAGCAGUGCGAUUUCGCACCCUGGUUGGGCCUAAAAUGUUACGUUUUCAAGAAAUAGGCAAAUAGGCAAAGAAAAUAUAUUACACUGAGAAUGUUAUUUAUCAUAAAUACAGAGAUGUCAGUGUAUUGAAAAUACAUUAGAAUUUGCUGCACUUUCUCACUUUUGAAGAUGAAUAGUUUUUUUACCAUAAUUUUAAAGGAUUAUGUAUUGAGGUUGCUGUGAACAAUAAUACAUUUACAUGCACAAGUAUCUAAACAUGAAUUAUCCUAUUAGUGGAACCUGCUGUAUAUUAUAAUAAUGAAAUAUACUAUGAAGUGGUAAUAGGU